UCUUUGUCACUGGACCAAUCAGCUGUGAGGUUUAUAGACGCAUCGGACAGCAGCAGGUUAAAUUAGUAGAAACAUAGUAAUUCGUUUAUAAAUCAACGUGUGUUAAUCUAGUAAUGUUUUAUUUUUAUUUUGGGUUUUUUGUUAAAAUGGGCGUUAUUGGAGUACAUAUUUUCUAAAACAACCGACGUAAAAUAAGAACACGGAAGCUACUGUUAGCAAACAAUAGCUAGCUGAGUUAGCUUAACAGACAUGAAAACCCGGUAGCUGACAGAAGCGGUUGUUUUACAUAAGCAACUUUCUGGGUGUAAAGUUAUGAUAACCAGGAGCUAAAACACCCUAUGUAGCUCUAUAUUGUUAAAGUAACCCGGCGGAUGACGAGCCCGAUGUCUUUAUAUAUCAGUUUUCUGCGUUACGCUGCUUGAAUUUCGGCUAGCAGGGUGAAGUUAGCUUAGCUGCUACAUAAACAGACAACAUCCAGCAAACUGGACAAAACAUUGGAUUUAGUUGGCUUUAAAUCGGGAUCGGCGGGUUCGCUGACUCCUCAGAAGAAGAUGAAGAAGAGGAAGGAGCUGAACGCCCUGAUCGGACUCGGAGACAGCAAGCGAAAGAAGACUAAAAAGGGGUCAGGGCACCGACUUCUCCGAACCGAACCACCGGGCUCGGAAUCAGAAUCGAGCUCGGAGGAUGAUGACUUCAACACCCUGAACGGCGGAACUAACUUUGGGAAAAGAAGCUACUCACAGUGCUGCAACGUGUGCUACCCGUUGUUUUUGUUCAUCAUACUAGCCGCCUGUGUCAUGGCUUGUGCUGGACUCAUAUGGAUGCAGAUUGCACUGAAAGAAGAUUUGGACUCCCUGAAGGAGAAGUUGCACAGCAUGGAAUCCAGCCAGAAAGUGUCAUCGAGUGAAAUCCCCAAAAUGGGCGAGGACUUGAAAAAUCUGGAGAAAAAACUUAAUGACAUUGAAAACGGGGACCGGGGAGUGAACAAAUUCUGGUCUAACCUGACAGAAAUUAAUCGUAAGAUCACGUCCCUGGAUUCUGCUGUUAACCAUUUAAAAACCAAUCUGAAAUCCUCCGCGGAUCUAAUCUUACUUCCAUCCUCAGUUGAAGAGCUUCAGAAGAGUGUUGCCACAAUUGGCAGCACGCUCACGCGUGUACAGCAUGACGUGGAAACGAUGCUUGACAAGCAGAAGGAAGAGGACGUGUCAAAGAAGACUUUGGACAUCACAGACCUAAAAAGAGCCAUGGGUGAGGUCAACAAGACCGAGGAGCAGCACCAUAUGUGGACUGAUGAGCAGAUCCACAUUCUUCUGUCUACUGUUGCAGAUCUUCAUCAAAGAAUGGCCUCAUUGGAGAAUGGGUCAAAACACAGCUAUAAUGAUGCCGUAGCUUCGCCGAGUAUGAGCAGCCAAGAGCCUGUAACCGAGAGGGUGACGGAAACAACAACCCUGAAAGCAACACCUCAGGAUUUGGAAGACAUGUCCACGCCGCUGACAAAGCCACAGAUAAGCAGACGUCCUCGCUUCUUGACUCCAAAGCGAUCUAGGAGGAACGCUGGAACAAAAUGUCCACAGACGGUGUCCCUGCCUGGUGUCAGUUCUCUAAAAGACCUUGAAGACAUCUACCAGAAAGCCGGGGUCAGGCGCGACUCCCUCGGCGUCACCUACCAAGACCUGAAGACGCAGUUUGGGCCAUCGGCUCCCAGCGAAGACGCAGUGGCGUGCUUCGAUGAUGGAGACCGGAGGUACUCGGUGACGGAGCUGAGAGCUGCUGUGGGUUUGUGAGCUCGCCGUCACUGAGAGCAGUGAACAGUAUUGGAACACCCAGCAGGGUCUGGGAGGGGGUCGGGGGGGGAUACCCCACCCUCGUCUGUAGUUGCUGCACCUUUUGUGAACUGAAUAUUUAUCUUUCUGAUGGUGGUAAAAGUGGCACUGGUAUGCCCUUCCCUCACACCUCCCUCCUCCCCCCCAGGCCUACUUAAAUAUAUUGUCAGCAUACAAGUAUUGCUUGAAUUUUAACCAGUAAAUCCAUAAAGGUGUCGGUAUGAAUCUGAUCUUAUUUUAACCGGUUCCCGGAAUCAUGUUGGUAAACCUCAAAUAAGUCCCCUUUUCCACCAUAAGUCUUCAACUUGAAUUGUUCAUGUAUCCAGUUGUAUUUAGUUUUUAUUCUUUAUUUUUCGUUUUGAUUCUGUGUCUCACCCCGAUGUAAAUGCUUUUUGUUUGCUAAACUAUUUUAGGAUGUAAACUGCCAGCUAUCGCAAAAAAAAUGUCCCACGUGUCUACAUCAACACCUGGCUCAACUCGCCCUAAAGCUUAUGUGUAGGCCCGGAGAACGACUUUUUAUGAAUGUUUACAGAUGACUACUAGAAAUGGCUCUUUUCCCAGACUUUGGUUGUGUUUUUAGACCGUUUCCUAACUUCCCCUCUAAAACAAUCAAGUAUAAGAACAGUCAAAACUUUUGUAUGGCUCUUUUCUAAGCUGAAACUGACAUUUGAAGCUCUGCUUUCCUCCACCUUUUUAGAGUGGCAGUUGUGAUCAUGUGAUUUGUCCAUCUGGGCAUUUAUCUGUAGUUUUGUUGCGUGUUGUUUUUGCUUUUCUCCUCGCCUGAUGUUUUGCAGAUUUUGAAGGGCUACAAACUCUUUACAGGAGUUCGGAACGGAUACUUAUGUGAGGCACAUGUAGCAAUAAGUGAGGUAUCACUGUGGGAAGAAGGCACGCCGAGCUCACAACAUGUAACUAGUAGUGUGAAGGAACACUGACGAUCACCAUUUACUUGAUACGUUUUAUUGCAUUAUAAAGGACCUAAUUAUGUGUGGAUUCACAAAAAGGUUCAUGUUCAGACGUUGGUGUGCUCUGUAAAAAUGUAUUUUCAACUUUGGUUUGGUUGUUUAAAUGUAUCUGUAGAGAUGAUUGACCUGG